UCCCCCGUCUAUCGGUGUUUGGGUGCUGCUGUUUAGUCAUAGUCUGUCAGAAGUUGUUUUCGAGUCCGGUCCACAUAAUUUUUCCCCCGAGAUGCUGGCGUUGAUUAACAGAAUAUUAGACUGGUUCAAGAGCCUCUUCUGGAAGGAGGAAAUGGAACUGACUCUCGUGGGCCUCCAGUACUCGGGGAAAACGACGUUCGUCAAUGUUAUUGCCUCUGGGCAGUUCAGCGAAGACAUGAUUCCGACAGUGGGCUUCAACAUGCGCAAGAUAACAAAGGGUAACGUUACCAUAAAAGUUUGGGACAUUGGUGGACAGCCGAGGUUCAGGUCCAUGUGGGAACGCUACUGUCGGGGAGUAAAUGCCAUUGUGUAACACUUCUCUUCCAGGAACCUAUCUGCCAUACAGGACCGGGAAAUUUGCUGUUACUCCAUAUCGUGCAAGGAGAAGGACAACAUAGACAUCACCUUGCAGUGGCUUAUCUCCCACUCCAAGUCCGGAGGCCGUUAGAGCUGACCUGAGAGCUGUGGUAUUCCGUGAGGGUUUGGAUGUCUACUAGCAGUGUCCACAGAUUCCAAGGGGUUGUCAGAGUGUGUUGCUGUCCAAUCUCAUUUCCCGGAGGACGCAAGAUAAUGAUCGUACGCGUGCAAAGUUGGGGGGGGGGGGAUAUGUUGGAGAGAGACAUAUGUCAGGGGAGUGAAUUUUGCUAUCCUUCAUUUUGAACCAUCUUAGGCAAUAUUGAUUUUCUCAGUAUACUAAGAUAUAUUUCAGAAUUGAUGCUUUGCUAGGAAUUGGUCAUCAUAUUUAUAUUGAUGUAUGGUGUGUUGUGAGAGCACUUAUAUAGAUAUUGCUUUUUGUGGAUCUUUGUAUUUUUUUUAUUUUUCCUUUUUUUUCAUAGUUGCAUAUUAUUGUCUGUCAGUCUAUGUUUACUUAGUAAAGAAUAAUAUCUUCGUAAGCAAAGAAAGAAGAGGAAAAAAAAAAAGUUGUAUAUUGGCAUAUAUAUUUUAAAUUGUCUUAUCUGUUUAUUAGCAAAUUCAGAAUCAUUUUGUUGUAAGUGGAAAGUGAGAGUGAUCGCUACAACAUUGUUUGCAGUAUAAUCAGGCAGCCAUUAUAAUCCUUAUCCUUCUGAGAUAUUGUAGUUGUUUUCCACACUUAAAUGUAAUUCGGUAAUACUUUUUAUCCAGAUGAAUCUAUUCGAGAUUGCAAUGAGAAAAAUAUCAAUUAUAUUGUUUAUAGCAUGAAACAGAUUAAGUGGUGGAUCUUUUCUCUCAUACAUAGUGUAUGGUGACCCUUGAUAUGACUGUGUAUCAUUUGGUCAGUUGUGUGUAUGACAGCUCUUUUUUGUGUAUUCUGGCAUGUGAGUGUACCAAUGAUUAAGACCAUUUUUUUCUGUAUAUUGGUCUGGUGUAGUAUAUUUUUAGAUCAUAGUGAUUUAAGGAUUGUUAUGUAUAGAUCGAGGGAAUGAGAAUUAACAGUCCUUAAUUACAAAAUAGUCAGGGUGGUGGAAUCUGACGUCAGUAUAAAAUUUUGGAUGAUUUGAAUUUGUGAAUAACCAUUUAUCAUCUUUUAUAUUGUUGUAAGGUGCGGGUUUGACUACUUCUGGCCAUUUUUUCUCAAGUGUCAGUUGAAUGAAACAAGACUUCGAUAUGUGAGGUAACAGUCACUGAAUUCCUCAUGUUAUUUUUUAGGAACACUGGUCAGAAGUAAAUGUAAGAUGUGGUCCGUCAGUUGAACAUGACUGUCAUAAUCCCUUUUCUGUGUGGUGCAUUACAGUGUUUUCCUGUUUCUUGGCUGUAUAUAUUUUUACUGAUACUUUGAGCUGAUAAUUGUCAACUACACAUAUCUCUGGCAACAACUAUGGAACUGCUAAAACCGUCAUUCGUGCACGCAACUUUUAAGUUCUUUGAGCAGAUUAAAACUUAACCACAGUAUGCAAGGUAUUUAGUAUAUA